AUGAUCACCGGCCUCCACCACAUCAAUCUCGUAGUCCCGCCAAACACGCUCCACCUAGCCAAUGACUUCUACGCCACAACCCUCGGCCUAACACCACGCGCAGUACCACACCUGCAACGCGAAACGCUCGCAUGGUUCGACAUUGGCAGCUCGGGUCAACAAGUACACGUCGCGAUCGGGAAGCCAGAGGACUUCACGCACUCAUCAUCACGGCAUCCAUGUUUCCGGGUUGGCAGUGUAGAAGCGCUGAACGAGUUGAGAGCGAAGGUAUGGGAACAUCAUGAGCGGGGUGGAGAGGCGGCGCCGUUGGAAGCAGAUAGACCUGGUGCGAAGAAUAGUGGGGCGGAGGGUGUAGAGUAUCCGACGAGGUUUUUUGCGAGGGACUUUGCGGGGAAUCGACUGGAGUUUAGUGUGUGA